AUGACCGACUACGCACAAUUCCACGGGCAUGCGCCCGCGCCCAACCCGCAGCAAAUGCAGUUCGGACAGCAGCAGUCGUCCCCAAUCCUUCCAUCAAAUGGAAACUUCGCGCAUAACGGCCAACCACAUCCCCAGCACCACCCGCAGAUGGGCUUCCCUCAGCAUCAGGCCUACAUGGCUGGGAUGCAAAAUCCAUACAUGCCCUCUCAACAGCAACAACACCAACAGGCUGCUGCGUUAGCUACGGCUGCUGCAGCAGGACCAGCCGGAUACUACGAUCAAACCGCCAUCUCAGGUCAACUAGCACAAGACCCACGCGCAUCUCCACGCAUGUCAGUAUCCCAGAUGAAGGGCGAUGGACGCGUCGCUCCACGAUCGCCGACAAACGUUUCCAAUGCGAUGAACAACGCGCUCCCAUCUCAAGUUCAGAUGACCCCGACUCAGAUGCAACAAAGGCGAAUGAGCACUCAAAUCAGUAGUCCUGCGAUGCAGCAGCCACAGCCUGUCAUGAACCAUGGCGGCCCCAGACCCUCCGUCCCUCCGAUGCCCCAGCAAUCGCAGCACCAACAAUCGCCUGAGCUUGUCGCUGGAGGUGCACAACCAGAAGAGGCGCCACUCUAUGUCAACGCGAAACAAUUCCAUCGCAUCUUGAAAAGGCGUCUCGCGCGACAGAAACUCGAGGAUGCACUCAGGCUGACAUCCAAGGGUCGAAAGCCAUACCUACACGAGUCUAGGCACAAUCACGCCAUGCGCCGUCCCCGUGGUCCUGGCGGUCGCUUCUUGACCGCAGAAGAGGUGGCUGCGAUGGACAACGCAGCCGGAAAGGGCGAGGGUGAAGACGGCAACAAAGAAAACGCGUCCAUGCCUCCCAAGCCUGCCAGCUCUGGCCCCAAGCGCAAGGCAUCAUCUACACAACUCAAGGGAACACCUACCAUCAAGAAGAACAAGGCAGGUGCCGUGCAGCGUCACAGCACGAGCGAAGAGGAUGAAGAUGAGGACGAAGACGAUGGUGAGGAUGAAGGCUAG